GCAUAAGCACGAGAUUAGAGUGACUGUCGAGUUUUACAAUGUGAAAAUAGGACGGAUUUGCAAUUAACAUCGAGCAAUAAUAUUUUACGUGGCUGAUAAACUGGAGCAUCUGAAAAUGGUAUAGAACAGCAAUUUCAGAUGGGAUCACACAUAUUAGACAUUCUCCGUCAAGGAAUUUGGGCAUCCUUGACGGGAGGAUGGUUCUAUGAUCCUCAACAUGAUAUCUUCUGUAACACAGUGCAUUUGUACAUGUGGAUGUUCUUACUGGCGUUUCCCUUCGUGCUAUAUUUGACUCUGGAUCCUACUUUAGUCACAUGGGGAAUCUACUGUUUUGUAAUAGGAGUAGCAUUCACAUUAGUAAAGCUAACCAACUUUAAACUACAUCAUGUCUUCAAUACUGGAGAAGUGGUAGAAGAAGAUGGAAAAUCAGAAAAUGCUGAAUCUGAGGAUGCUGUUGCAAAGACUUCUGAAAACAGAAGCAUUGAUAAAAGAGAGUGCAUUGAAAUGACUACCAUCCGCAUUGGUCAUUUAGCUGGAGGAGAAAGCACUACAGAAGGUGAUGCUGAACUAUUAACUACCAGAACCAAAGAGCCAUAUGUAACUCAUACUGAGCAGGAAGAAAUCAUGAAUGCUGGCAAAGGCAAGGCACCUUUAGCUGAGAUCGAGGAUGGAGAGAUUUUUUCAGGAGCUGCAUUAAUGCCUUUUAAAGAAAUCAGCCCAGAUAGCAGUUUGAAUGAAAAUGAAAUUAACCUUGGCUGGCGUUGCGGACAAAAUGUUCCAUUGACCUUUACAACACAAGCUGAUAUUGAACUUCUUCCACAUGGAUCAGAUUGUACACAGCAGAGUAAGGCUUAUAAGGUAGAGAGUGAUUUUGAUCCGUCCUCUGAGCACAUUCCUCAUCAUCGACUCAAGCAUGAUCCAAGACUUUCACACAGUACUGCGAGUGCGCAGGACACCAGCAACUCUCCUAUACUUAGCACUUUUAGACCUAUUCAGCCAUUUCAUAUGUCUCUCCCUCAACGGCUUAGAGUUAUCCGUGCAGGUGAAUCUGCUUCUGAGUCACCUCGUGUGCAUCGUCCAAGUAGUGACAGUGUGAUUGUGACAAGCAGUGUAGAUAAUGAUUCAGCAAGGACAAGGCGGAAAAUUCAUAGGGAAGGGGGUUUCCGAAUUAAACACAGAUCCAAAAAUCCCAGAACCUUGCAGGGUGAGCAGGGACAUGGAAAGGUUACUAAGCGGAGAGAAUCCCAUUCCCUGUCUUUACCAAGGCGGCCAAACAUUGCAAGGUCUCUUUCAUUAUCAGCAUUAUCCUUUAAAGAAAGAAAGCAACAACAACAGCAGCAAAUGCAGCAGCAAUAUCAACACCACAACCACCAUUCAAGUGGCAGUGACAUAUCAGACAUCAGCUCUGGAGAACUGCCUCAGGUUAUCACAUUAGUUUCUGGAAUGUGUGAUUCUCGUUUGUCUCAGUUGGAUAGUGGAAGGACAACAGACUCAGGUUCUACAUUAGUAGACAAAGUGCAGGCACCCAGUCUUGGCAUAAUGGAAGCAUAUCACCAAGACUCUGGAAUACGAAAUAGAAAAGAUCAGAAUGCUGUUUCACAUCAGCAAGUUGGAGAGGAAGGGACAGGAACUAUCGCUGCUGCAUGCUGCCAGGACAUCAGCAGUAACAGAAACAUGCAACAGCUAUAUCAUCAUGAUGAUGACUCCUUCACAUCAGCGGAUACCACAGAUUCCACCAGCACGAUGACCAAUGAAGAUGAAAGUUCUUACGAAUUAAGCUCUGAUCAUCACCCUGUGAGCUAUCAGCCACUGGUAGGACUAGAAUGCACCACCACACCGAGCAGUCCGUCUGCUGAUGAGCUUGAACUGAUGCGUAGCAAAGGAGCCAUUCCUAAGCACUACCAAAGGCAUUCCACGCAUCAGACCUGGAAAGAGUCCACACCUGCUGCUGCUGUCAGUGUGUCAGCUUCUAAGACAAAAGGUCAGCCAGAAGUUUUAUCCACAAGCCCUGGUUCUACUGACCUGUCAGAUCCAGAAGAAAUCCGGCGAAAAAUCAUAGAAAUCCUGUGUGACCCAGAUGAGCACACUGAAGAAAUAAAACAGUUGCAGAAGCUUGUGAAAUUAAGAAAGAAUCAAGGAGUUACUUACGAUAAUCAGCAUAAAGGGAAAGCAACAGAAGCCAAAACUCGCCCUGAGGAUGCAGGGCGAAGCAGGAGAUUGGUGGGAAGGGAUGGGACCCCUCCUGUCCUGUUCAGUACAGAGGAAGAAUCCAAGGCUACCAUUCCUACAGAGUUCUCUGCCCUUCUUCCAGGCAGCAUGGACAAAGGGAAAGCUGACCAAGCAGUGUCCAAGAAAGAAAGGCGUAGACGCAAACCAAGACCAGUGAAAAGGAGAAAGGAUUCCCCACCACCGUCUGUGCUGACCAACAUGAUGCUUGGGACUGGUGCCCAUUUGGCAGCAUCUCAUGAUGAUACAACUGAUGGUGCUAUUCAUUGGUUUAGAGAUGAAUCUGGUGUCUGGAUGUCGUAUGUUUUUGGUGAGAACAGUGCUGGUGUGGCAACUGGAAUUGUUGAACCAGACACUUGGUCAGAAUCACUGUCAGAAAAGUGGUCUAUAAGCUCAAGUGGAUCCAGCUCCACAGAUGUAAUAGAAACUCCUCAGUCAGAGGACCGGGGAGAUGGUAUCUUGCGAAACAUAAGUCUUCGAGGUUCUUUACCAGUGCUGGCCCCCAGUGGAGAUGCCCGCUCCACUCAGAAUAUGCUGCAUUCAUACGUUCAAGCUCUUUUGGAACGCAAUCGCACUGGUUUGUCAGAAUGCUCGUCGGAAACUGACACCACACAUGCCAAUACGCACACCACUGACAAGCCCAGGCAUUUCUACAAAUUGUGGUGCUUCAAAAAAACUUUUUUGAAAAUUAGAUUCGACAGGCUAGCUUUGUUAGCGCUCCUUGACAGAAACCUUUCACUGGUGGAGGCUGGCAUUGCAGUACUUAUGGCAAUAGCUGUGGGGGCAUUGGGAGCCCUUGUGCUGACCUCAAAUUUUUAUCAUGACCUAUGGAUCUUUGUCUUCUGCUUUGUCGUAGCUAGUUGUCAGUACUGCUUACUCAAGAGUGUUCAGCCUGAUGCAGCUUCUCCAAUGCAUGGUUACAAUCAUGUUAUUGUGUUCAGCCGUCCAUUUUACUUCUGCUUGUGCUGUGGAUUAGUGGUGCUCCUGGAUUAUGCUAGCAAGAUGGCUGUUCCAGAACCCAUCUCUGUUUAUGGCCUUUCCUUUACUGUUGCCUCAUCGCUUAUAUGUGCUCGAGACUUCCUUCUCAUUUUCAUCUUGUGCUUUCCACUGCUGUUUACUGUUGGACUGCUACCUCAAGUCAAUACUUUUGUUAUGUACAUACUGGAACAAGUAGACAUGCAUGUCUUUGGCGGAAAUGCAUCAACGGGUCUUGUUGCUUCGACAUACUGCAUUUGCCGUAGUGUGCUAUCCAUCUGUAUCUUGUAUGGAUUUGCCUAUGGUGCAUUAGAGGAUGUUGGAAAAAAGCAUGAUUGCCAGAAGCUUGGCCAUGAAGCAGCACAGAAUGUUCUUUUCUCAGUUUUGUGUGGGUUGAUGGUAGCUCUAGCUUAUCACCUCAGUCGCAGUGCCAGUGACCCUUCCACACUUUGGCUGCUGAUUAAAGAUUCUUUGAUCAGACAAGACGUGCCUGAUUCUGAAGGUACUAACAAAGAAGAACUUGUUGAUCCCCUCCCAAGAAAGUUGAAGUCUUGCCUGCUACAGAGGCUCCAAUCAGACUUGAUAGUGUGCAUAGGAGCAACAAUAUUUGUAUUUGCUGUUCAUGUCAGCACAGCUUUCACAAGUCCUGUUCUUCAGCCUGUGCUGAGUGAUGUACUGUACCUCAUGGCUGCAUCUCUAGGAUUCAUAGUACAUUACAUUAUUCCACAAUUGCGCAAAGAGACACCAUGGUUGUGCUUUGCACAUCCAUUUCUCAAGAAUCGUGAGUGGGAUUUCUUUGAAGUGAGGGAACCAGCCAAAGUGAUGGCCUUUGAGAAGUUGUUCCUUGCACUACGCUUCAUUGAGCGCAACAUCAUGUACCCUGUAGUCUUUUUGUGUGCUGUGACAACCUCAGCACCACACAUUGUAUGCAAGUUUAAGAAUUUUGUGGGACCCUUGCUGGUGGUGGUUUGUGGGAUGAAGAUGUUAAGGUUUGCCAUGUCAGAUGCCCCUCGCCAAUACAUGAUCAUCACGUUUACCUAUUUUUUCUUCAAAUAUGAUUACCGUACAUCAACAGAGACAUUCCUUAUAGACUACUUCUUCGUGUCUAUUCUGUUCUGUAAGUUCAGUGAUUUGAUGCUGAAGAUGAAAUUCAUCAUCACCUACAUCGCUCCUUGGCAGAUCACAUGGGGCUCUGCAUUCCAUGCCUUUGCACAGCCGUUUAGUGUUCCCCAUUCAGCUAUGUUGUUUCUACAGACAGCUGUAUCCUCCAUAUUCUCUACACCACUGAACCCAUUUUUGGGAAGUGCCAUUUUCAUCACAUCAUAUGUUCGUCCAAUCAAGUUUUGGGAAAGAGAUUACAACACAAAACGUGUAGAUCACAGUAAUACUCGCCUUGCUUCACAGUUGGAGAGAAAUCCAGGUGCUGAUGAUAACAACCUCAACUCCAUCUUCUAUGAACAUCUGACUCGCUCGCUACAGCAUUCAUUGUGUGGUGAUUUGCUUUUGGGCCGCUGGGGUGGCUACACUCAGGGAGAUUGCUUCAUCAUGGCUUCAGACUAUCUCAAUGCUCUUGUUCACAUUAUUGAGGUGGGCAAUGGUCUCGUCACAUUCCAGCUCCGAGGUUUGGAGUUCAGAGGAACUUACUGCCAGCAGCGGGAAGUUGAAGCCAUAACAGAGGGAAUAGAGGACAAUGAAGGAUUCUGUUGUUUAGAGCCAGGCCAUCUUCCACAUUUCCUGUCACUAAAUGCAACAUUCAACCAGCGCUGGCUAGCUUGGGAAGUUGUGGUUGCCAAGUACGUAUUGGAAGGUUAUUCCAUCUCAGAUAUCUCUGCUGCCUCCAUGUUGCAAGUGUAUGAACUGCGCAAGGCACUUAUUACCUACUACAUUAAGAGCAUUAUUUAUUACACUGUUCGCUCUCCUCGGUUGGAGGAAUGGACGGAAAAUCUAAGUAUACGCCAAGGUCUCCGAACAACAGCAGAUGACAAUUAUGUUGACCUAGACCCAACCUUCAAUGCACAUGUCGAUGAGGACUAUGAUCACCGACUUUCUGGCAUCUCCCGGCAGUCCUUUUGCAACAUGUACCUUCAGUGGAUUCAGCACUGUGCAUCACGCCAAGACAGAGAAACAGAAAGUGACAAGAGUUCUAUGCUUGUGUCACUGUGCUACGCCCUAAGUCUUUUGGGUCGUCGUGCCCUAGGAGCUGCCUCUAAUAACUCGUCCAGGUUAUUUUCAGUCGACGUGGAUUUCUUCCUGUAUGGGCUGCAUGCUCUCUUCAAAGGAGACUUCCGUAUCACUUCACCAAGAGAUGAGUGGGUUUUUGCUGACAUGGAGCUAAUGAGGAGAGUGGUAGCCCCUGCUAUCAGAAUGUCACUGAAACUGCAUCAGGAUCACUUCACAUCCCCAGACGAUUAUGAGGACAAUGGUGCACUGUAUGAUGCAAUUACAUCUUAUGAGCAAAGUAUGGUUAUCUCCCAUGAAGCUGAUCCAGCUUGGAGAAAUGCGGUCUUGUCAAAUGUGCCAUCAUUGCUGGCACUGAGGCAUGUGUAUGAUGAUGGCUCUGAUGAAUACAAAAUCAUCAUGCUGAACAAGCGCUACCUUAGCUUCCGGGUGGUGAAGGUGAACAGAGAGUGUGUCCGUGGUCUGUGGGCGGGUCAGCAGCAAGAACUCAUCUUCCUGCGUAACCGCAACCCAGAGCGAGGAAGCAUCCAGAAUGCAAAGCAAGCACUACGCAACAUGAUAAAUUCAUCAUGUGACCAGCCUAUAGGCUAUCCCAUCUAUGUGUCGCCUCUCACAACCUCGUACUCUUCCACGCAUGAGCAACUGGCAGGACUGCCAGUUGUUGGUGGAGAGUUUGGUCUCAACAGCAUCAAAUCCUUUUUCAAGUCCGCAUGGCAACAGAUGCGCCGACGGUGUGAUGCCACAUGCGCAGGGGGUAGCUCAUCUUUGGACAUGGAUCACUUUUGCUCUGGUAGUCAUCAGGCAACUGCUUCUGCUCUCAGCCAACCUUGUUUUGGACCAGGUAGCACUCCAGCAGGGAUUUGCCCCAUGGUAACAGGUGGUGGCUUACCAACUGACAUUCCACUUCAGAACCUAGGCAACCGUGGUAGCCUGGUGUCAACUGCCUCUAGCACCAGCAAACCUAAUGCCCUGGCAUCCCUUGCUAAUCUCAUCACUGAUCCAGCUCUUCGAGAUCCUCCUGCCCAGCGUGUUCGGAUUAUGGACCCAGCUCAGGUGUUUGACUCGAUCAACCAGGGACGUCUUACAGAUGUGCAAUGGCCACGUGAGGACUGGCGGCUGAAAGGUGGUAAGGGUUACUGGGGCGAAUGGGUGCCUCGUGUGGGUAUGGAAGGAACUGUGGUGCAUCGGUGGCAACCUGGCCACCGCGAUGUUACAAGACGCUCACACCUUGACAAAACCAUUCUGCUGAUGCAGCUUCAUGAUCGUUAUGUGCCUAUUGCGGAGUCAGGCGUGAUUGAUUUAGGGGCUGAAGUAUGACACCUGUUGGUCUUUGCAGACUUCUUUAAAGUCACUGGCAGCUUACCACUGCACUAGCUCAACUUUGUCAACAUUAUCAGCAAAUGGUGUUCUUCAGUGAAAGUAAUGUGUGGAAUUCAUCAUUUUCAGCCUCCUUUGGGGUUGGAAAGUUUAAGGAGAAAGUGGUGAAGUGAAUCUAAUUUAUAGACAGAUGUGGAAUAUGUAGAAACCAAGGGUCCAUGUUUUUUCUUCAAAACAGUUGACUGCAUGUGUGAGAAAUAGUGUGAAAGAGAACUUUUGGAUAUGUAGGAGUGCAUCACAUGCCUACUGAGGAGGAGAUCCAGUUGUGAGAAUGAAAAUGUUCAAUCAAGUAACACAUACUAUUAUCAGAAAUUGGUUUCUGUUUGAAAGAUAAUUGUAGGGAUGAAAUCUUAUGCCCCGGAAGUGAUUGGUUUUUGUCAGUAAGGCAUGUAAGUGGUGAAAAGUGUUGAUCAUAAUGAUGCAGUCUAAAGACAGGUAAUUUCGAGUGGGUGUGGUAUUGAUCGUCACAUUUUGCGCACAAUAUGUUCAAGUAAAAGUGCAGGAAGUUAAAUCUGCAUGUGUGAUUUUUCUCCCCUACUGGUAAUUUGAUUUGUAAUGUCUCAUUCUAGAAUUACUCUUUCUUUUUAUCAGAUCAUAUGUACUGUACUUCCCAAAUGCUCCUUAAUAUAGUAUGUGGGCAUCAGCAUUGUAUUUCACCAGAAACCAGCAUCUCACAACAACUUCCCAAGACAAUUUAACAAAGUUCUUGUGAUAAUUCAAAGUAAGAGAAGGACAUUUAUGUAACACUUCAUUGAUCCCAUGUGAGCUAUACACAAAUUCCAUGUGUUCAUCUCACCUGAAGUUUAAAGGAAAAAUAAAUUGCAGGAGCUAAAUGCAUGAUAAUGACCAGAACCUCCCUGCUUGAAAUGUCUUUGUAAAACUGCUGAGCUUAAGUGAUGGUAAUGUAGGCUUUUCCUGUCUGUUGGGCUCCUCUGGACAACAAUGCUUUGACCGCUACAUUGGCAUUGAAUUGUAUGUAAACACUAUUUGUACUUAAGCAGGUAUAUAAUGAUUACCAUCCCCCAGAAUCCCUUGUGUCCAGACAAGAUUGUCCUUUAAAUGUUGUGCAUUGGAUAUCCAGUUUGAGCUUUUUAUGGUGUUUUGGCUGUAGGCAUGUAUAAGAUUUAAAAAUGCACUGAGGUACUUUAAAAGCGCUUUUUCACUUUACAUACCAUAGUGGAUAAUGAGUGUUUGAUCUUCUUCUACAAUAUAAUUUCGUUUCUUUUUUUUUUUUUUUUUACUUAUUUUCUUUGUACAUUUCUUUUUGUUUCCUUGAGUGAAAAACAUCGAUUCAUACAAUAAUCUAGUUUUUGAAACAGGUUCAUAGAUCAAAUUGUUUUGGUGGUGUAAAGUUUUUAAUUACUUUUGCAUCUUUAAGAAACAGUUUGGUGAGAGCAAAAACAUUCUUGAGAGUAUGUUUAUUUAUCCUUAAUUUAAUAGGUCUUUAGACUUAGUUUUCUCAUGAUGUACUGGCUGCCCAUAAUCACUGAUGAUCUAAAACAUUAACCCUGCAUAAAUCCCAAGUGAAGUGUUUCACUUGAACAGUUUUAAAUAAAAUAAAAGAAUGUGCAAAAACUAGCAUUUUUUAAGAUAUUAAAUCUUACUAAUCAAACUUUGACAAAUGUUUUGCAACUAAAAAAUAAAUUUUAUGAAGUUUGAUGUCAUUCAGCAGCAUUAAAGAAACUGGAACGCAGGUAUGCCUAAUGCAUACUGUCUCUCAUCAGCACUGAGGAUUUCUAAGACCAUCAUUUCUAUGGUCCUUAUUACCUUGGUUCUCUAUAUAUUAUUCUAGAGAUGUUUUUGGGAAUUAGUGCAUAGAAGCUCUGCUGGUUUGGUGUAUCAAGUUGUCAAGGCUGGCUUGCUAAAGUAUUUAAAAGCAUCUACAUGAGUAAAUAGAGAGGCCCACAGGGCAUAAUGCUGUAACAGUUACUUACUGUCGACAGCAUUUCUACAGAGAAUGAGUGCUUUCGCUUGUGAAAAUGUGGCAAUAAUUUUAUUGCAGCUGCUUUAACUGGAGAACUACCUGCUCUUCCCUCUGCCUCAUAGCAUUUUUUUUAACAAUAUUUUACUGCCAUACUUUUUUUCAUGUCAUUUUUGUAAAAAAAACUAGUAGGGUAUCAAAAGAUGUCUAUUUAUCAUUUGUCAACAGGAACAAGUUCAAAAUACUUUUUAUGCCUUACCAUUUCACACCACAAAUUAAUUUAUUCAUGAUUUAUAUAAAAAUAUGUAUUAAAUCUAAUGUAUAUGUAUGCAGUAACUACUUAAUUAUAAUAAGUCUGAAUAAUAUACAAACAGUAGAUUGUGCACAAUGCAUAAUUUUCUUAAGUAAAGCAGUUAUUUUCAAAUUUGUUAACAUUGCUUGGCAUUUUGUUUUUACUAUCAGUAUUUAUAUAGAUUUAUUAUAUAAGUUGUCCCUGAAGAUUCUUAUUGCAGUAGGAAUUUUCAGGUACAAGAGGUACCAAACAUGCUAAAAAUUUGCUCGUUUGUUCUGCCAUAUUGUUUCUGACUGUGCAAGUGUCAUGAAGAUGUUUGUGAAACAAAAUUUAGCAGGGAGAGGUUAAUUUGCUAGAAGAGUAAGUCUACAAAUGUUGCCAUCAUCCAUUUAAAAUUUACUGUCCUUAUUCACCACUAAAAGCACUAGUUUGAAAAAAAAAAUCAAACACAAGAUGUUCAAAAUGUUUCCCCAUGUGUAACACUUAUUCUUUUGCCAUGACAACAGUGAAAGAGCCUUAAUAUGAUGAUUGUUUUCUUGUGAUCAUUUAGUUAUCCACUAUCAGAUGUGAGGAAUAUAGCCAAAGUAGUUAAGAGCAUUAGUGUCCGAACUUAGAGGUGUGUCGGUUUGACACACAUGUAGCGCAGCAAACUUCAGUUGAUCCAGCUGGCGGUAAUGGGCACCGCCCUCACGUAAAGCUGACCGGGAGAAAAGUGAGGUCUCUAAUACCUCCUUCUCAAAUGACCUGAUCAACAGGUGACUUUUACCUUUUAUUAGACCAGCUCUUACCUGAAAUCAAGAAUAUACCUGAAAACUUUGAACAUUUAAAGAAGAAAAAUCAGAAGAAAAAAAAGAAUUAAAACUAGUGUGGGAACUCAGUUGUAAUCUGCUCUGAUUCACUAGCAGUUUACAUUAUUCAUUUGACAUUCCAGACGUGCUGUAAUACUUGAUUAUUCCUGAGACUUAAUUUGUGUUUGUAAAUGUAUGUCGUGUGUUCUGCUGCUCUCAUGACAAAAGGUAUCCCACUUUCCAGACCUACUUGCAUGCUGGUUUGUGUGUGAGCAUUUCUGAACACCAUUAAAGGGACCAUAGUGUUUAGUGGGAUGAUCCAUUAUAUAAUGUGUACACCAUUUUUGUUUUUCUGUCUGCAUGCUGGGUGCUAGUAUUUUAAUGUUCUCAAAAUAUAUUACACCUCAAAAGACAAACAUAAAACUGAUCACAGAAUAUGUCAUCAGUUUUUCAUAGAAAUAUGAUAAUCUUUUUUCGAGAGAAUGCACCCAGUAACUCCUAUAUUUUCUGACAUAUAUAAGUUCACAGCUAUUACAAAAGCUCUGAACUGAUGACAUUGAGGCAUUGCUGUAACAGCAAGCAUACUAUCAUUAUGUCAUGGGAUACUGGGUGUUAACCUUUUUCCAAAGUGCUGGUGAGAAUUGCAAUGUUAAACAGAAGACUUGUUUCUCAGAUUUUAAGAACUUUUCUCAGAAGUAAACUAAACCUAGACAUUUAAAAAUAAUUUUCUGCUAAGGGUAGCCUUAAAGAGGUUAAGUUACAUUUUUAAUUUCUUCAGAAUUGUUUGCAUUAACAUUUUUUCACACACCACAUGGCCUUGUUUAAAUUACAUAAGAUUCCAUAAAGACUGAUCAUAUUUAAAAACAUACAUUAGAUUUAUCUUUAAUUUUUGCAUUUUCUUCAUGAAUUUAUGCUACUUGUUAAGAGACUGUUCAGAACCAUAUAAAACUGUACAAAAAGUUUGAAACACUGAGCAUUGGGAUUAGUCACCUACCCCUGAUGAGCUGUUCAGGCAUUACACUCAAUCCUAGAAGUAUGAAUCUGCAUAAAAAUUAUACAAUUCACACCAUUUCUUACAGACAGGGCUACUGAAACUGUUGCUACAUUUAAGUUUGGCAGCCUAAUAAAUUUGGCAUUUUUUGCAUUAAAAAAUGCAAUAAUUGUGUAAAAAUAACAUCUUUAUAAAAAGAAUCCACCUGAAUAAUUUGAAAGGCUAAUGUUUGUUUUUGUGAAUCCAUGGCAUUAACAUAAACAACAUGUUGUUUUAAAGUUAACAUGGUUAAGACUACAAAGGCAGCCAGUUUCCACUACACUUGGUUUCAAAUAAUUAUGCUUGUUCGUUUUUUUUUUACUUUUAUGUAGCUGGGUUUUUUUCGUCUGAUGAUUUGGUUGUUGAUAGGCUGGGUUUUUCCCCCAGAUGUCUAACAGGUGUAACCACCUUCGUAUACCUGUAAUUAACAUCCUCCUGUUAGAUUGCACAUUUGCACCCUUCUUGAGUGAUUUUAUGGAGUUAAUUAAAAUAUAUCCCUCAUGUUAUUUUAAGUUCACAAGCUAUCUCUUAGUGACCAUUGUAGAUCGUCAUUUCUUUUGGUAGUAGAUGGGUGUUUUUUCUGCAAAGAUUUGCAAUUGCUUUUCACUCAGAUGUGAUGAACAUGCUGUGAUACUGGGCAUUGUGGUGGACUGUGUUGGAAUUUAUAUUCAAAUGUUUGCCCGAACCACAUAAAAAGACUUAAUUCAUUACAUGCAUGUUUUGGUACCAAAAGGAAUAUCUUGAACUAAAAAUGGUGAUGCAUGAUUAAGUUUAUCAUUAUUUGCUAGAUAAGAAUUGUCACAGUAAGUGCCUUGUGACAUUAGCAAUACAGCAAGUUGAUGAAUCUGUCUACAAUUAAAAUAAGAAAAUGCUUUCAACGUUUAGAAGACAGGAAUGUAAUGCACUGAAACCCAUAAAACAAAUGACAAGGUAAUAGUCACAGCACAGAUCAUAUGUGCACCACUCCAUAGCAUGUGACAACUUGUUUAUAGAAAGAAAUCUUGCAUAGUCCAGCAGUCUGGAUUUUGAAAAGGCUGUAGGCAGGAAAAAGUGGUUGAUAUAGCAAGCCUAUUCAGUUUCUGGGAUAUGAUAUUAGAAAAUACAUGCUGUAUGAAAAUGAGAACAUAACGUAUCAUCUAAUAUCAAUAUCUGAUGUUGCUUAAUCUUGAGAGCAAAGAGCAGAAGUUUACGAUACACAGUUAAAAGCUAAGAAGCACAGUUCCUAAGCACUAAUCUUAUUUCCUGAUAACAUUUAACCAUUGAGUAGCACUACAGCACAACAUAUGUUGCAGAAUGGCAUUGUGUCCAAAACUAUUCUUCCAGAUUUAAGUCCUAAGAUUGUAUGCCAUGCACUCUGAUGUGGGAGGGGGUGACAAGAGCUAAUACCCAAUAAAUUCCAAUUGCCAAUUUCUGUAGGUGUUGCAUUAUGGCUCAAGGCCAUCCUUGUCCUGUUCUUAAAACUAUUUUAAUAUUUCUAUGUAUGCAAACACUUAGGAAAAAUGUAUGAAUGUCAUGUUGAAAUUCCACACUACAUGAAUAAACAUAUCAGGCUGAUGAA